AUGAACCUUGCGUGUCGAACAUGCUUAGGGUUGCCUCGUGUUUUUGACAGAUUGCACCGUCUUGCACUCUCAAAGGGCCAAUUCCCAACAGUAAGUCCUUAUCCAAAGUGUCUCCAGGAUUCGUCGUUCCUACGCCUCGGUUUGAACAUAUCACGACUGGCACAGUCCCAUCAUGAGGCUUCGAGAUGCGUUUCGUCUGACCGUUGCAUUAUGCCAGGUGGAACGUGGAUUUCUGUCUGUUGCACACUUCACGCAGCGCUUAACAUCCAAUUGCGGACGUGUCGUGAUUCGUACGGUGCAGUGUCCCCAGUCAGUGUUGUUGACAGCGACGAGCAGCACGCGUCUUCACACAGACUAGAGAGGGCCGAUCGUGUCUCAGAUCCUGCCGACCAAACCUAA